AUGAACAGCGGCAGUGAGUCUCUCAGAAAAGCCGCCAUCAACAAGGCCAAGUCCGUAGCUGGCAGUACAACAACAUCGUCCAACGGCAAUGGGAAGAAACGGCGGAAGCAGGACCUCAAGCCUAUAAUCACCGGGAGCGAUCAGAGUACACAGAAUCAGCAAUCGCCGUUGAAUCACCAAAAGGCCCAGUACGGCCAAGACCUGCACAACUCACCCACCGAUUCCGACGACUCGGGCGACGAGCCAACCGAAAACACGGCGGACGAGGAGGACUCCGAGGACUACUGCAAGGGUGGUUACCACCCUGUGCAAGUAGGCGAGGAAUACAAAGAGGGAAAAUACACCAUCGUGCGAAAGUUGGGAUGGGGACAUUUCAGCACCGUCUGGCUGUCCAAGGACAAUACCACGGGCAAGCACGUCGCAUUAAAAGUCGUGCGCUCGGCCGCACAUUACACAGAGACGGCGCUGGACGAGAUUAAGCUUCUCAACAAGGUUGUGGACGCGAACAAGGACCAUCCAGGCCGUGCGCAUGUUGUGAGCCUUCUCGAUUCCUUCAACCACAAAGGUCCUCAUGGCAUGCACGUCUGCAUGGUGUUUGAGGUGUUGGGUGAAAAUCUGCUCGGUCUGAUCAAGAGAUGGAACCACCGUGGUAUCCCGAUGCCGCUGGUCAAGCAAAUCACAAAACAAGUUCUCCUCGGCCUUGAUUACCUCCAUCGAGAAUGCGGCAUCAUUCACACAGAUUUGAAGCCGGAGAACGUGCUCAUCGAGAUUGGCGAUGUUGAGCAGAUUGUCAAGACAUAUGUCAAGGAAGAUACCUCAAAAGAGGACAGAGACCAGCGUAACGGCCGUCGUAGGAGACGGACGCUCAUCACUGGCAGUCAACCUCUACCCAGCCCGCUCAACGCAUCUUUCAGCCAAAACGACAUGGCCAAUUUCCCGGGCAGCACACAGAGUCUGAACAAGUCUCUUGGUAUCAAAGCCGACGCGGAAGGCAAGGACGGCUCAGAUCCACACAAGGAGCGGGAAAAGACAGCUGAUAUUCUCGCCAACAACGUCUCGGACAUGGAUCUCGGCAAACCUGCUGGCAUUCUGAAACAGCCCAAGGAGGAGAAAGAGGAGACCAUUGAUGUGAUUUCAGUCAAGAUUGCCGAUUUGGGUAAUGCGUGUUGGGUGGGCCAUCACUUCACCAAUGACAUUCAGACUCGACAAUACCGCUCGCCAGAGGUCAUACUUGGAGCGAAAUGGGGUGCGAGUACGGAUAUUUGGAGUAUGGCAUGCAUGACCUUUGAACUAAUCACAGGCGACUACCUUUUCGACCCUCAAUCCGGCACCAAAUACGGCAAAGACGACGAUCACAUUGCGCAAAUCAUCGAACUCCUCGGCACAUUCCCCAAAUCCCUCUGCAUCUCCGGAAAGUGGUCACAAGAGAUCUUCAACCGCAAAGGCGAACUGCGGAACAUCCACCGACUCCGUCAUUGGGCGUUACCAGAUGUGUUGCGGGAGAAGUACCACUUUUCAGUCGAGGAGGCGAAAAGGAUCGGGGAGUUCUUGUUACCGAUGUUGGAGUUGUUGCCAGCUGAGAGGGCGAAUGCGGGCGGUAUGGCGGGACACCGGUUUCUGGAGGGCGUAAAGGGCAAUCAAGGGAAGUUGGACGUGGAGGUGGGCAGUAAAGGCGAGGGCAUCGCGGGAUGGAGUAGUGAGAUUAAGAAAGGCGCGAAGUAG